CCUUCCCUUCCUUCACUUCUGACCCUGUGUGGUCUGCUGGCACCAAAUCUCAAAUCUUUUCCACUCCUUCCAGGCGACACCACCCAACAAAAAUCCAUCAUCAGAAACUCGCGCAAUCUACAUAAAAGUGUCCGCCCAAAGUUCGACACUUUGGACACCAAUUUGAGAGACAAGGCAUCCACAAGAUCUACCCACUUCUCGCAUAUCGGCCUUCUCCCUCUAUCCCCCCCACUACUUCAAUCAACCUUCUACGACUUCCAUCUGCCGCCGCCAUGUUCAUCACCAAGAAUUUGACUAUGUUGGCUGUGGCAGCCUUGGCCAACAAGGCCCUGGCUCUCAACACUCACCGCCACGCCCAUCUGCACAUUCACGAGAAGGCCCGUUUUCAGACAGAGGUUGUGACUGUCACGGAUUGGGUCACUGUCACUGUUUAUGACGAUGGGGAGACUGAGACUCCUACCGUUGCCCCCGCCGUGUUUGUUACCGCCGAGCAUACACACAACUAUGCAGAUCACCAUGCCCCGGCAUCUUCCUCCGAGGAGUCUCCCAGUCAGGUAUCUUCGGCAGCUUCUGCGACGGCUGCUGCCGCGUCCAGUGACCCCCCUAUCGCCCCUUUGCCAACCACUCUGGCCACCAAGGUGGUAGGGGCGCCUCCCCAUGCGCCUCCCCCUUCAACCCAAAUCAACAUCGUCCCCUCUGUCGUGGCCCCCCCCAUUGCUCCAUCACCCACCACCGCUGCGGCUUCUACGACACAGGUGCCACAGCCCACAACCAAGCCCUCGACCGGGUCUUCGGGACUGAAGCGUGGCCUUGCCUACAAUGAUCCCAGCCUUCUUUCGGGUUUCGUGGGCUCUGGUUCCAAGGUCAGCUGGGCCUAUAACUGGGGUCAAACCAACGACAUGAAGGUCAAUGUCGAGUUCGUUCCUAUGCUCUGGGCCCCCAACAACGACCAUGUUCCAACCUGGAAUGCCAAUGCCAACAAGGCAAUUGCUUCUGGAUCCAAGUGUCUGCUCAGCUUCAACGAGCCAGACAAUGCUGGUCAGGCAAAUAUCUCUCCCGGCGUUGCCAAGGACGGCCAUAUCAAGUACCUGAACCCCUUCCAAGGCCAGGCCCGGAUUGGUGCUCCUGCCAUCACCAACAGCGCCCAGGAUGGUCAGGGUAUCUCGUGGCUCAAGCAGUUCAUUUCUGUCUGUGCUGGUCAGUGUGCCAUCGACUUCGUUCCCGUCCACUGGUACAACACCGCAAGCACGGAUGAUUUCUUCAACCACCUGCGGGCUGUCCAUGCUGCCGUGCCCGACAAGCCGGUCUGGAUCACGGAGUUUGCCCCAUUCGGAUCGGAUGCAGAGAUCAACACUUUCCUGGCCACCGUUGUCCACACCCUGGAUAACGACCCAGACUUUGCCUUCGUUGAGAGGUACUCUUACUUCAUGGUUUCUCCUGGCAGCUUGAUCUCCUCGGGCACGUCGCUCAGCGUUUACGGCAACACUUUUGCCUACGCCUAAGCCCUCCAUUCUGCGGCCCUUCAGGGCAAGCACUCUUCCAUUCUUCCAUUCGUUGUAACACCACUUUAGGGAUACGUUUCAGAAAAGGGGCACGGGCAGAGAGACGCCCUCGGGAUACUUCACUUCACCACUUCACUUCAAUUGUACAUACUUUUUUACGGUUGAUUCACUG